UCCGCCGCCGCCCCCGCUCCCCCUCCGCUCCGUUCGUAGCGGCGCUGCCGGGAUCCAGGGGAGCCGCUCCCGCCGCCCCUCUCCGUACUGCGGGCCCUGACGGACGGCAGCAAACAACCCCCGGGGCCGGAGUCUGCCUUUGCCCGGUAGGACUUCAUCAAAAUGUCUCUCUAUCCUUCCCUAGAAGAUCUGAAGGUGGACAAAGUUAUUCAGGCUCAGACGGCCUUUUCUUCAAAUCCAGCUAAUCCAGCAAUCUUGUCUGAAGCUUCAGCUCCAAUUCCUUGUGAUGGAGGCUUGUACCCCAGAUUGUAUCCAGAACUUUCUCAGUAUAUGGGCCUGAGCCUCAAUGAGGAGGAGGUGCAGAGAAACUUAGCAGUGGCAGCAGCUGCUCAGCCACAGGGUCAACUGGUAACACGACCUUCUACUAAUUACAUGGUAGCUCCAGUGACUGGAAAUGAUAUUGGAAUUCGCAGAGCAGAAAUUAAACAAGGCAUCCGUGAAGCAAUUCUGUGUAAAGAUCAGGAUGGCAGAAUUGGACUUCGUCUUAAGUCUGUUGAUAACGGUAUAUUUGUCCAGUUAGUUCAGGCAAACUCUCCAGCAUCCCUUGCUGGUCUGCGGUUUGGGGACCAAGUUCUGCAGAUCAAUGGUGAAAACUGUGCAGGAUGGAGUUCUGAUAAAGCACACAAAGUUCUGAAACAGGCUUCUGCAGAAAGAAUUUCAAUGAUCAUUCGGGACAGACCUUUUGAACGAAUUAUUACCAUGCAUAAGGACAGCACAGGGCAUGUUGGUUUCAUAUUCAAGAAUGGAAAAAUAACCUCAAUAGUGAAAGACAGUUCUGCUGCAAGAAAUGGACUUCUGACAGAGCACAACAUCUGUGAAAUUAAUGGCCAGAAUGUAAUUGGGUUGAAGGACUCGCAGGUUGCAGACAUCUUGGCAACAGCUGGAAACGUAGUGACCAUCACUGUCAUGCCUUCCAGUAUUUAUGAAUAUAUAAUAAAGAGGAUGGCAACUAGCAUCAUGAAGAGCCUGAUGGAUCACUCUGUUCCUGAAGUCUAAACUUGCACCAUGGAUGUGUGUGUACAUAUAUAUAAUGAUGAUUCCACUAAACUUGGGCUAUUAUACUCAGUGAUCUCUUUCUUCUGCACAUGAGCCUUUCUGGAGGCUGAGAGAAGAUAUGCUGCAUCAAGCAUUUGCAUCUAUAAUGGCUGGGAAUGUCACCGUUCAACAUAUCUCGUGUAUUCACACACUGUAAAACUUGCAGCCUUACAUGCUUGACAAUGUGAAAUUCCAAUUAUGUUAUGACUUCUUUUUGUAGGUCUUUUAUUUAGCUUACUACUACUAUAAGCCAUUGCAACUAAAGGAACCAGGUAUCACUUGCAAAGCUACAUGUUGUUACCCAGGACAAUGCUGUGCUUUGUAUGUCUAAAAAGAAUGAGUAUUUUUACUGCUUUUUGUUUGCAAGAGUAGAUUUGAAAUAGCAUAUUAGAAGUAAGGCUAGUGCUAGUUAAUUUUUUGUUCUAGUAAAUACUGUUUACACAAAAAUGCCACUUAGCUGAAUAUAGCUCAAGGCAUCAGUAAGCGUUAAUUAAAGUAGUGUACAGAUACUGAAAUCUUUUUAUUACUUGUUAUAUGAAUUGUAACAAAUAUGCUUCUCUCUCGCCUUAACCAUGUUAUUUUAAGGAUUUAGACAUAACCAAAUAAAUGACCAAAACUUUA